AGUGUCUCAUAUCAUAGAUGGAGAGUGACAAUUCCUCGGCAGAGAUUCCCAUAUCCGAGCCACCUUACUGUGUUGGUGGGCAUCUCAAUAUCAUUCCUGGUUAUAUCAGAGUGAUUGCUGCUAUCACAUGCGCUCUCUCCAUACUGGGAGCAGCCCUUAUCAUCUUAUCUUAUGUCUUCUUCAAGGACCUGAGGAAUAAAGCCAGGGAGGUUAUAGUCCACAUCUCUGCUAUGGACCUCCUAACGGUGGCAGCAAACCUUUUUGGGAUUAUAAUAAAUUUUGACUCUCAUCUCUAUCAUGAGGACCCACUUGUACUCCCCCCACACUACGAGACUUACAACACUCUAUGCAAAGGCCAGGCCACAAUAGCAGUGUUUGGUAACCUCUCCUCAGUCCUAUGGACAAUAGCCAUAGCCGUCUACUUUUACAUAUGCAUAAUGACAGACAACAAGAAAACUGCUAAACGAUCUCUUUAUUUCUUUUACUUGAUCUGCUAUGGACUCCCACUCUUAAUAGUGGUCUGGUUCCUGCCCACUGGUAAACUAGGGUAUGCACCUGUUGGGGGAUCAGGCUGGUGCUCUUUUGUAAUUGACUCAAAUCCAACUGAGAAAUUAGAUUCGAGUAAGAAAUUAGAUUCAAGGGAUAUUAUUACACUGUUCUUUGGUAACAGUCUUUGGAUGUAUGUUUCGUUUAUCAUCAUACCUUUCAUAUGUAUCUCACUUUUAGUGUAUCUUAGACUAAAAACAAAAAAGAAGGAAAUUUCAAAUCAAGAUAAACUCAGGAUGAACAUGAUAGAAGUGAAGCUAUUGGCAGUACCAAUCAUAUUUGUAUUCCUGAGAAUAUGGAGUGAGCUCCUUGGAAUCAUUACAGUGUACUCUAAUAAUAAAUCUUGCACACUUGUAACAAUUCUGCUAGUCCUAGGGGGAAUCGGUGACUCUGGGCAAGGCUUCUUUAAUGCUUUGAUUUUCUGUCUGUUAAAUGCUAAAGUUCGAAGUGCUUAUUUCAAGUGCAUUAAAAAGAGCUACAAGGCUUGCAAGACUUGGAAGUGUGAGAAGAUAGAAAUGAAAAGUCGAUUGAUUGUUAACCCUGAUGAAAUUGAUACCGAUCAGGCUUCGACACAAGAAUAGCAUUAUAUUAAAGAGAUUUGUUAUAAGUAAGAAACUAUAACACAAGUAUCUUAUCUUGUUGCUUUGUAAACAUAUUUUAAAGAAUUGAACACUGUUAAUAAUACUUGUUUUUUAUGUCUUUGGUAUAAAUUCAUUGAAAGACAAA